UUGAUUACUGCUACUAAGGUUUUUGUUAGUCACUUUCUCAAUCAAUAUAUCAGCAUAACACCCGGUUUUUCUGGAUAACUUUACAAAUCAAAUACUUCAAAAUUCUUUAAAUACUCCCCAAGAAACACAAGAUGUCGCUUAUAAUUGAACCGGGCAAAUCGGAUUUUAUCAAGGCAAAUGUGUCCAAUUCCCAUAACGAUGCAGUCGCCUUCGAGGUGAAGUUCGCCAAAGAUCUAACAGUUGCUCAGCUCAAGAGCAAACUGGAGAUAUUGACGGGAGGAUGUGCGAGCACGAUGAAGGUGCAGGUCUUCAAGGGAGACACCUGCUUAUCCACGCUGGACAACAACAAUGCCCAACUGGGUUACUAUGCCAACUGUGAUGGUCUCCGGCUGCAUGUAAUCGAUACCUUUGCUACUUUUUCGUUUGACAAUGCUCCCGUUGAGAAAUUCGAAUUGACCAAGGAUCAGUACGACCAGAGAACCGAUUCCUUGCGCAACUACCUUAAGCAGAAUCGCAUGGGCAAGUACAACGAGGAGGAGAUGCAGCAGCUGGAGGAGAAGAGGCGCAUUCAGGCAGAGGAGGUUCAAAAACGAGCGGAGCUGUGCGUUCUGGGUGGCAGAUGCGAGGUCACAGUACCAGGUAAUCCAACACGUCGUGGAACGGUCAGAUAUAAUGGUCAGCUAGAAGGGAAAAGUGGAUAUUUCAUAGGCGUUGAAUACGAUGAGCCAUUGGGCAAAAACAACGGAAGUUUCGGUGGAAAGGCCUACUUUACCUGUGCGCCAAACUACGGCGGCUUUGUGUCGCCAUUAUCCGUCACGGUUGGCGAUUUUCCGCCAGAAGACUUUAACAUGGAUGACGAACUUUGAGAAUAUUGGGCACACCCACAGGUCACAACAUCUCGCAUCGCACAUGCCACUUUAACCAGAAGACUUACAAACCACUUACAUUAUUUGUACGCAGGAAAACACAACACUAAUUAUAGUUAUGCCAUUUUGUAUUUAUUAAUUAAAACAUCUAUGUAUGUAUGUAUAUCAGAUAUUCUUACAACAUGAUUAUUCGUAAAUUCUAUAAUCGGCUUUAUCAUAAUUCUGAUUUAAUGGUGUUCUCAAUAAUUUCGCUUUGUUUUACAUUAACUCAACCGUUUGUAAAUCAAAAUAAAUACAAGAAAUAAGAGUA